CGGCCGCACGUAGCGGGGCCGCCCGCGGGGCACAGCACGUACUGACCCCCUGCUGGCCCUGCUGCCCCUCUUCUCCUCUUUUCCUGUAGCAGCAUCAUGCCUGGCCCUCUAAACCUGCUGUUUAAGUCUUUCCCGUCCUCAUGGCGCUGUUCCAUCUUUUAAUUUCUUCUCUCUUUCACUGUAGCAGCUCUCAUCCACUUUUCCUGUGACUGCAUGCCUCCUCUACACGUGCCAGCAGCUGCCAUCCAACUCAUUUCGCUGGCCAGGAAAGCGAAUUGACAAUGAAGUAGCAAGCUGGUUUCCUGUCCUGAAAGGAAUCCUUAAUAACGGAUGAAAUCUGAUCCCUGGAGGAAGAGCUAUUUUCUUGGUGCACAAGGAAAGGAGACCAUGAUUCAUCAGCCCAUGAAAAGGAAGUACCCCAGCGCUGACACAGGAGUAGAUUCUGAGUUCAUUAGGCAAGCGGGAGACGUCGUAGACAUGCCAACAUUAUCUUUCAUCUCAGACAAUGCAAGUGAGAGCAUGGAUGCUAAGUGCCAUACGGCACAUGUGGAUGUGAAGGGAAGAACCAGUGCUUUGCAGUCAGAAGGAUCCACCAAUGCAGAGGACCUGGAAGAGCUCUGCUGCAGGCAGGUCACAGCUGCUGAUAUUGAGCUUGAGAAGAUGAGGUGGGAUUUUGUGCUGGCUAAACUGAAGUAUGAACAUGAGGACAAUGAAAAGCAAAGGCUUCAUGAGGAGAGAAUGGAGCAGAUUCAUCAACAGGCAGUGAAAAGAUCAUUUAGCCAAGGACUGCAAGAUCUACUCCGGCCCCCAAACCAGUAUGCCUUGUUCCUGUACUGUUUCGUCUUUAUUCAUGUUAUUUAUACAGUAAAGGAUCUGGCCUUCUACUUUUUCCAAAACCAUUACCUGUUCUGUUUUGCUAUUGUGAUCUUUUUCAUUCUCAAAAAGAUUUUCCAGGACUACAAAAAUAAGAAAAAAUGCUUUUAAAAAAGGCAGUGUGCACUUUUCUGCCCCUGAUUUUGCUGCUUUUUGUCAUCCUUUACUCACCACGCGAAUCAUACCUGCAUGAUUUCAGCUAAGAUUAUAUGCACAGAAUGUAAUAAUACAAAACUGAUUUUCUGAAGAAAAUUGGGACUGAAUGACAUCAUUUGACUUCAUGCUGUCUCACCAACAUGUUUAGCAUCAUUCAGGGGCAUUCAUCUAUACAAAUAAACUGAUACACAAUGAGAAACCUUUUUCAAAUGUAUUUUAUUUUUUCUCAUUUGGAUUAACACAGCGACUUGGUCUUACCUAUAAUAAUUUUUCAUGGAGAGGUUUCAGAGCUAGAUUCUUUAUCACAGAGGAAAGUGUUCAGGGAAG